AGCUGAACACGUGUUUAAAAACGAUUAAACUUGAGAUUUCACAGCAGUUUUUCAUAGUAGGUACACUAAUGUGUCAGCUGCUUGUUGUAUAAUUAUAAAACCUAAAUGUUUACUGGACAAAAAACUGAGAGGGGGGACUUCUGCCUCAUUUCAAAAGACCACCACACACCACUACUCUGUAGCUACAAUAUUGCGUGAUAGUCUUUAAGAAAGAAGAAAAGCCUGGAAAGUUCCCCUGAAGAGAGCGCUUUACGCGCGCCGUCAGUGUGAAUGACACGAGCUUUGCUGGAGAGCUGUAGGUUUGUGACGCACGGGUGACCACUGAGCUGCGCGAGGUACUCAGUAUCAGUUCAGCUCAGCUCGGGAACACCGGAGAGCGAGAAGUACGGUAGUAAUGUUGGGCUCAGAGGACCACGGAGAGACUCGCAAACGCAACGGUACGGGAAUGAAGCGUCCAUUUAGUCCUGUUGAAGACGGAUCAAACAGACUGACUGAACAGACUGGGCAUGAGGGUGUGUCCUCUGAUGGGGUGGAGUUUACCAGACAGGACGCCCCAUCUGUAAACCCUCGUCCGAAGCGGGAGCGCAAACACAGGUCGUACACACUCUGUGAAGUGUGCAACAUUCAGCUGAACUCCGCAGCACAAGCACAGAUACACUACAAUGGCAAAACACACCAGAAAAGACUCAAACACAUAAACAACAGCAACACAGGUACGACUGCUCAGGGGAGCCCCCUGCUGGCGUCAUUACCGGUGCAGGGUCGCCCGCUGCAGACCCCUCUGGACCUGAAACACUUCCUGCCCUUCCGGCUCAGCGGCUCCUCCCCCCUCAGCCUAUUCCCCAACUUCAACACUAUGGACCCGGUGCAGAAGGCCGUGAUAAACCAUACGUUUGGUGUUCCUCAGUCCCUGAAGAAAAAACAGGUCAUCUCAUGCAAUAUCUGCCACCUGCGCUUCAACUCCACGAAUCAGGCUGAGGCUCAUUAUAAAGGCCAUAAACAUGCUCGUAAGCUGAAGGCAUUAGAGGCUCAGAAGAACAAACAGCAGAGACGACAACUCGACAACGCGCAUCACAACCGAGACAGAGACAGAGAGAAGGAAAGAGAGAGGGACAGGGAGAGAGACAGCAACAGAGUAAAAACGAGCGCUCCGGAUCCACUUCCUGCUCUGCUGGAUGACACCGCCAUGGAGGGAACUGCAGUCUGUGACUCAGACCCUGUCGUCAGGGUGGAUGAUGCUCAGUCUAGUUCAGUGGUCCUGACACCGAUAUCGGAGGUGUCGUCUGCGGACAUGUCAGUCUCCUCCCCUCACUCCCAGCACCCAGACGGUCUACUGGAUCCUGCCGGUGCCACCAGUGAGACAGGCGCUCAGCAGGACAGCCCUACGGGGGACACACCGGCAGAGAAAGACCCCAAAAAGGCCAAACAACAUCUGCAUUGCCCUAUCUGCAAAGUCACUGUCAACUCCACCAUUCAGAUGGAAGCUCACAAUAGUGGCACCAAGCAUAAACUAAUGAUGGAUGGACAGAGUGUGUUGCCCCGACGACGAGGGAAAGCAAUGUCAUCCCGUGCCUCAUGUAAAAGCAAGCGAUUGGCCAGUAAGGGAAGUGUGGGCGUGGCCAGCAAGAGCUUCUACUGUGAAGUUUGCGAGAUCCAUGUUAACUCUGAGACUCAACUCAGCCAGCACAUGAACAGCCGAAGGCAUAAGGAUAGACUGGCUGGGAAGCCCCCGAAGCCCAAGUUCAACCCUCACACCAAGAGCCAGCCUACCUCAGCAGCAUCGCAGCUCAAUCUUUUGCAGCAGGGUGUCAGAUGGAACGGUUAUGCGAGUGGCGCCGUGUCUGCUAUGAAGAAAGUUAUCAGCCAAUGCAAUCUCUCCUCUCUGUCCUCGCAGACUAAACUGGUUCUACAGAAGCAAUUGACUAAAAAUCUGACUGCCAGCUUCCUGCCCACCCACAUGACUCCACCCACCCUCUGCACAGUCGCAGCCAAUCCUCUUGCACUGCGACACCCACCGGGCACUACUUUCAUUCAGACGCCGAUCCUCGGCCCUGCCCUCUUUAGGCCAGCGCCUGGACCUCUGAGAGCCACACACACUCCCAUCAUAUUUUCCCCUUAUUGAUCACCCAUAAACGAAAUAGGCACGCUCUUUCAACAAGGGCGCAUAUUCACGUGAAUUAGUCUUACGAUCCGAUCUCAGUACUGACGGUCUCUGUGCAAACUUCGUCCGUGCUCCCGCUCUCUCCACGCUGUAUACACGCGUAUAUAUAAACACAAACACACUCCCAUAGUGUUCCCUAUCCUCCUCAAAGACUGUGACUCUGAGAGCGUCACUCUUGAACUAUGCAGCAAAGGGAGAGAGAGUGUGUGAGAGAGAUAGAGAGAGAGCAAGACCAUAUAUGGUAUAUGGGCGGGGCCUCAUUGCUAACACCAUGCACUAUGCAGAUGAACGCUUGAUUGACAGGACAUGACUGAUAAGGGAGUGAAAGAGCUAUAAGAAGGAUAUUUAGCUUUGCUUUAUGAGAUAUUUAUCAUUAUACAGAUAUUAAUCAGGUUUUUAUUCUAUAAUUUAUUAGAGGAAAGCCAAUUUUAGAGACCUAUAACUGCGCUAGCUGUUUGUUUAGUGAGGAAAUGCAAACAUCCCUUUACUUGAUGCUUUUUUUUUUAGUAUUUUCAGUU